AUGGACGCCUACCCCGAAGACUACGUCAACCACAACCUCCCUUUCGUCCUCCUUUCCGGACUGGAAGCGGGCUCUGAGGAUGACGCUACCGCCUCUGCGAUAUACCCUCUCCUCUCCGAGAAGGGCCCAGAGAUCUUCUCCGAACUCCCUCCGGUGAGCGGGGCUGUUGCGGAGGAAUUGCGGAGCGUGCUGCUCGAUGAAGAUGGCUCUCGCAUGCCAUGGAAAUCCAGACCCAGCUUAGAUGACAACAACUCAACCGCUGCAGGGAUUGGCUUCAAGAUCAAAAGUACUGGCCGGCUUCCCCCACGAAAAGCCAAUCCUCCGCUACGCUCCCCUUCCAUGAACUCUCUCGUCGACGCCGACUCCGUCGUGUUGCACUCGCCCAUAUCACCAUUGACUCCAGGCUCUCCGACAUUUCCAGAUGGUUUACUCACUCCGCUCUGGGUCACCAAGCAUCAGGACCUGGUUCCUGCGGCUGUGAUCAAUUUCUUUCCCUUCUCUUUGGACCGGAAUAUGAACACGCUCCGCGACAAUCAAUUGAAGAUUGAGAUUAAUGACCUGAAGCAGGCGUGGACAUCCUCCGGUUUCAAGACUCGGUUUUUGGUGGUGUUGAUAUCCGAAGAUGGCGAUGGAGGACAUUCUUGGGAGAUUGACGAUCGGGUCGCAGGGAUCCGCAAAGCGACGAAUCUCGAUCCCAAGUCGGUUUUCGUCAUUCCGCCAGACGCGACAACGUCAGAAUUAAAAGACUUUACCAAAUCAUUGUUCUCGCUGUUGCAGCCUUCUGUCGUGGAAUACUAUCGGGAUCUGUCAAAGCAUGCCCGGCGCAAGCGCAACAGAAGCAGCAUCCCUCCUCCAACGGCACCACCAACCAGCGGCACUUCUCAGACUCUGUCGCUCCAUGGGUGGAAUGUCCGUUAUGAAUUCAAACUUGGAAUCUUUGCCGAGUUCCGUCAGGAGAUGGAUGCAGCGUGUCGAAAUUAUGAGUCUGCCUACGAGACCCUGUUUGGACAGGAGGUUUUUGAGAAUAUCGCUGGCUGGGAUCCGCGAUUCAAUGACGCACGCCUCCUGUCUGAUUCUCUAGCCAUUCGAAUUAUUCGUUGUUUACUUUGGACAGGUCAGACCACUGCCGCUGCACGGUUCUGGGUCGAUCACAGAGUUCGCACCAAGGACAUUAUCGACCGAAGGGGUAAAGGCAGCAGGAAUUACGGAUGGGAAGCAUGGGAGGCGCGGUGGUCGAUGGUUAUGGCUCAACUCAUCCGCCGAGCGGAAAUACCGUCCCUCUCAUCCGGGGAAUUGGAAUCCAUUUACCUUUUGCCUGAGAAAGCAGUCCCCACAGGGGAACGUGUCAAUUCAUGGGAGCACUUGCACCACGCGGGCUAUUGGCUAUGCCGCUCGGCAAAGCACACAAAGCUGCGAAGAACUCUUGCGGAACAAAUUCCAAGCGAGGAUCGAAUGCCUCCAGGACAGUCCCCUGCCUCGCAGAUUGCCAACAAGUCUUACCUUUAUGACACAUAUCUGGCUCCCGAGACUCAUGCUGAAUCACCUCUGUCUGGGAACACAGGCUUUGACCAUUCUCGUCUGAUCUUGAGCACCUUGAAGUCUGCACUCGAAGAGUUCUCAAAACGCCAACAAACUCGUCAUGUCGAGAGCCUCGGCCUCGGGAUCGCAGAAGAGUACAUGCGUGCUGGCUCUUGGACGGAGGCAUACGAUAUCCUUCAACCAUUGUGGCCAACUCUGAGCUGGCGCCACUCUGGUUGGUGGCAACUGAUGGAAAGUUUCGGAUGGGCGUUGAGGGAAUGUGCUCUCCGAACACAGAAAAGCGAGACUGUGCUGCAGGUGGAUUGGGAGCUGCUUCAUAAUGCCGAAGGCAACGUCGGGGAGCCUCUGCAGGUUCAACUCAUUAUUUCAUCGUGUGCUCAAAAAUAUUCCGCCCCCAUCAAACUCUCGGAGGUGAAAGUUGUCUUCGAGGGGUGCUUGCGCCCAUUGAAGAUUCAGUCUGACCAGAAUCAAAAUCCCGACACGACGAGCCCGCAUUACCUCACAUCUCUACAACUGCGGGAGCCGCGCACGUCUGCCGAUCCAGCCGUUCAGUCACCGACCAGUGGCUUAGCGACCCUACUUGGGACAUCGGAUCUCACAAUUGGUCCUUCCCAGACCAAAGCGUUCAAUCUCACUUGCGUCCCCCGCGAGGCUGGUGAAGCUCGGGUAGCUUCGAUAACCUUGUUGAUUGAGGAGGAAAAGUUUGAUCUCGCCUAUGUUAUCACAUGCGAGGAACAAUACAAAUCCGUCUGGUGGCAAGAAACCAAAAAGGGAAUAAGCCACAGAAGGGUGGGUAAAGACCGGGACACUGGGAAAUGCAAGGUUAUGCCAAAACCUCCCAAGAUCCGCAUCACAACCCCCAAUAUCAAACAAAACUAUUACACCAAUGAACGCGUGGCUCUGGAUAUAGAGCUACAGAACGAAGAGGAGGAAGCAGCAGAUGUCACCACUGAGAUUCGACUCUUUGGUCCUCCAGAGUCAUCGGCCAGGAUUCUGUGGCUCAACACGGAGGACAACUUGGACAUCCACGAGUCGGGGACCAGCACUCCAGCCGAAGGUCCAACCCAUUUCUUGAAGCAGCGAGUCGGAGCAAUCGAGCGUUCCUCUGAUAAGCACAUCACUGUCGUUGUGGAUGACACUCAGGAUAUUGCGAAUUAUCAACUGGAGAUUUCAGCCAUCUACAAUCUGGUGUCUGAUGUCCAAACCCCUAUAUCGAAGACUAUCACCGUUGACCUGUCAUUCACCCGGCCAUUCGAGGCCAACUACGACUUUCUGCCUUGUGUUCACUCGCAACCAUGGCCGAAUUUCUUCGCCGUUAGUGACGACUUGCUUGGUGAAGCUUCCACCUCGGUCCCGGGAGGCUUACAGCAGAGAUGGUGUCUCAAUUCCAAGGUUGUUUCCUUUGCUCUGGAGCCAAUCGUCAUUGAUCAAAUGUCCGUGGCCCUUCUCGGAGUCAGCGGCGGUGCGGUGUGCAAUAUUGAGCCAGAGACAUUGGUCAGCCCCGCCACCUCGCAACUCGCACCGGAAGAAAUGCGGGAGUCCAACUUUUGGCUUGACAUUCAGAAGCUCAUCCUCGGAGACCGCCGGCCCUCUACGCUUAACCUCGCACUAGAAAUCCAAUGGCAUCGGCAAGGAUCCGACAACGAAAGCGCCGUAUCGACCUCCAUCCUUGAGAUCCCGCGGUUCGUCGUUCCCAUGGGCGAACCCAGGGUGCUCGCUUCCUCAUCCGCCUCGGCGACCGUGCCCGGGUUGAUUCAUCUGGAGUACACGCUGGAGAACCCAUCCACGCACUUCCUCACCUUCAACCUCAUGAUGGAAGCUAGCGAACAGUUUGCCUUUAGCGGACCUAAGACCACCGUCGUCCAGCUUGUGCCGCUGAGUCGGCAUACCGUUCGCUACAAUCUGCUAGCUGCCAAACGUGGCUUGUGGAUCCAGCCGCAGCUGGUGGUGGUGGACAGCUACUUCAACAAAACCCUCCGUGUUCUUUCCACGGGGGAUAUGCGCUCGGAUAAGAAGGGCAUUCUGGUGUGGGUUGAUGCUGAUGAUUAG